AACGAAUCGAUUGAAUUCAAUCUCGGACGGUAGUUUAGAUAAUGGUAAAAAUGUAAUAAGGAAAAUGUAAAAUCCCAUAUUACUAAAUGUAAAAAUGUAAAAAUGUAAAAUGAUGAAAAAGGAAAAACCGAGAAAACAUAAGAUCUCUCUGUCUCAAACAAGCAAAUAUAAAAGAGACGGGGUUGAAUAAGCAGAUCUAGGGUUUCAAUUGUUUUUGGUUGCGGCUGCAAGGAAUGGGUGAUCAAGUUGAGAACAAGAUCAUAUGGUUUCUUACGAAUGUCUCCUCUUUGCAAUCUGAGGAUAUAUAUUCUAAUUUAUUCGUGAUCGGUGGAUGUAGUUGGCGUUUUAUGGCCACUUGCAAGGGAAAUAAAUUUAAUGACAAUCUGUCUCUGUCUCUGGUGGUUGCUGAUGCUGAGGAUUUGCCUUUUGGAUGGGGAAGACACGCAAAAUUUUCGUUUACUAUAAUGAAUCAAGUUUCUGAAGAACAAGACUCCCAACUGCAAGAUAUGUUUCGUGAUUUUACAGAAACAGAAGAGUGGUUUGAUGACAAGACUCGUGCCUGUCCUUGUGCAUCCAGUUUACCCCUUGGAAAACUUGAUGCCAAAUAUGGUGGAUUAAUUCUGAAUGAACAAGUCAAGAUUCUUGCAGAGAUUAAUGUUCUUGAAGCUAUUGGCAAGUCUGAUGUAUCAGAGGAGACUCUGAAAAAGAUUAAGCAAGAGGAAGAAACUACUACCAUUGAACUCCAUGGGUUUCCAGUACAUCCUUCAGAGGUGGAACUUUUUAGCGCUGUUUUCAAGGAACACCCAGACUUUGCAUCUGACUUCAUUGGAAAGAAUUUUCACUCUCUCUGGAAGAGAAUUUUCAUCGAUAUGCUAAUUUCCUUGUUUGGGAUUCUGUUUAGGCCGACCUCAAGGACUGGUUUGGUUCAUGCGCAUCAUACAAUUGUAUAUAUGGAAAAAUGUGGAUUUAAGGUUGGUUGGUUGGAGGAGAAACUGAAUGAGGUGACACAAAACAAGGAUGAAGAGGAAAAUGGAGAAAAUUGAAGGCAAAAGAACAAGUGAUGCAAAUCAAUAUUUCUUUGUCUUUGUUUAUUUCAUUUUAUUUUGUAAUGUGUUUUAGUUUUCUACUUUCAUCAAGAAUGUGCUUUCCACCGCCUAGAGGGUUUUGCUUCUUUUCGUUGCAGUGCUUUUGAAAAUCUCUUAACAUUGGAUGAUGUUUUUUCAUGACUAUACCAGUUGUUUUGGUCUGGUUUUUUCUUUUCUUUCUGUUGUGGUCUCUCUAUUGCACCUUGUGUUUUAGAGGAAAAAACGGCCUUUGUUCAUUUUCCUGUUUUGCAUACGGUGUGGUGUGCGAGACUAAAUAGUAUCUUUAUACAGUAUACUUCUGAUAAACAAGUUUCUGUGCAUGUGUAAUACUUGAACUUAGAAGUUCCUCGUAGCUCUAGGCUUGUGAUCGAGGCCUCAUAUGUGGGUAGCUGCUUACAACAUCUAGAACCAACCCCUUUAGUCUUUAGUGGUAGAUGGACAAGAAUGCCAGGGAGUUACAAUACAAAGCAUCCCUGGCCAGUGCAACUGUGCAAGGACAUAGCUUAGGUAAAAUUCUCCAUAACCGAUUUUAUGAUCCAUGAAAGAGUAUAUAAUUCCUCAGAUUUUGGCGGUGUGAUAUAUAUAUCAAUGAUCAAAAAAAUCUUCUCUGUUUCUAAAAUUAAUAGUAAAGAAACGCUGACUUUUGUUUCUUGUAAUCCAACAACAGACAAGUGUGGUCUCUAGAUCUGAUUCCUGCCAUUGAAGGUGGUCGAGAGAAGCAUGGCAAGUCACUCGAGAAAGCUGAGCUUGUCAUGGGCUGGAGAUAUGUAUGAUCCUCUACCCUCCAUUGUCUCUCACACAAGAAGCAAGAAACAGCAACCGCAGAAAUCAAAGAGCAAAGACAAUCUGAAGAUGAAUGGAAAGAAAGGACUUAAGGGAAUCAGCAAAGACAAGAAGCAGACUUCUUCUUGCAGCAGCAAAUACAAUCGAGAGAUGUUACACAAAUGUCUAUUAAAGCCGCAUCUUCUUGAAUCUGACCAGCGCGGCACUUGCGUCUUCUCUGUCGCUCUCUCUUGUUUAUAAAUAAAUGAUUUUGGUGUGAAAACUUUUCUCACGACUUCUGUCAUUCGUACGGACUUGGUUUUGAUUUUUCACGAAUUGCUUACUACUAUUGUGAAGCUUUUCCCUCUUUACCUACUUGUUCUUUUACUUAUAUAUGAUAUAAGCUGAUACUUUUUGCAAAA